AAUCAGCUGACCAGCCUCAUGUUGUUUCUUGCCUGAGUUGAAAUGGAGGAAUCUGGAAGACAGCUCUCCUUUCAGAUGUGAGGAGUGCCUUGCAAUAAGCGACAUUAAGCCAUCAUGACCCACCAGUUUCCAGCACUCUCUCCAGAGCAGAAGAAAGCCCUCUCUGAAAUUGCUCAGAGGAUCGUGGCUCCAGGCAAAGGAAUUCUGGCUGCAGAUGAGUCUGUGGGUACUAUGGGUAACAGGCUGCAGCGCAUCAAGGUGGAGAACACUGAAGAAAAUCGCCGUGCCUUCCGUGAUAUCCUCUUCUCAUCUGAUACCUCCAUCAAUCAGAAUAUUGGAGGAGUUAUUUUCUUCCAUGAAACACUCUAUCAGAAGGACAACACUGGAAAGCUCUUUCCAGCAGUCAUCAAGGACAAGGGCAUAGUGGUUGGAAUCAAGUUGGAUAAAGGCACGGCCCCAUUGGCAGGAACAAAUGGAGAAACCACCACCCAAGGACUGGAUGGACUUGGUGAACGCUGUGCCCAGUAUAAGAAAGAUGGGGCUGAUUUCGGCAAGUGGCGUGCCGUGCUGAAAAUCACAGAUACAACUCCUUCUCCUCUUGCCAUCCAAGAGAAUGCCAACACGUUGGCACGGUAUGCCAGUAUCUGCCAACAGCAUGGAUUAGUCCCCAUUGUGGAACCUGAAAUCCUCCCAGAUGGAGACCAUGACCUCCAGCGGUGCCAGUAUGUGACCGAGAAAGUGUUGGCUGCUGUUUACAAGGCCCUGAAUGAUCACCAUGUCUACCUGGAGGGAACACUGUUGAAGCCCAACAUGGUGACUGCCGGGCAUGCUUGCACCAAGAAGUACACUGCUGAGGAGGUGGCCAUGGCAACCGUUACAGCCCUCCGUCGCACGGUCCCUGCCUCUGUUCCUGGAAUCUGCUUCCUUUCUGGGGGCCAAAGUGAAGAGGAGGCUUCCAUCAACCUCAAUGCCAUCAACCUAUGCCCUCUGCCUAAACCUUGGAAGCUGACUUUCUCAUAUGGACGGGCCCUGCAAGCUUCAGCAUUAGCUGCAUGGUGUGGCAAACCUGAGAACAAGAAGGCUGCCCAAGAGGCCUUUUGCAAAAGGGCAAAGAUUAACGGUUUAGCUAGCAAAGGCCAUUAUACCGCUUCUGGGAAGAGCAGCACAGCAGCCACUGAGUCGCUUUUUACUGCCAGUUACACAUACUAGCUCAUAAAACAGUGCAACUACCUUGCCCAUUUUGCAGCUGGCAGGAGACCCAACAGGAAAAUAUGGCACAUCCAACUAGAAAGCUGCAAAUGGAUUGAGAUAAUAUGCACCACUGCACACUUGCACAAUGGUAAAAAAACUUCACUACAUACACAUUCCAAAAGAAUUGGACAUUUGGUAUGGACAUUGGACAUCUAUCAAUCACUGCUUUUACACCUUUUAUUUGGUUAGCUGGAAUUUUUAAAUGGCUUCCACAGUCAACUGAGGAGCUGGCUAUCUUCAGCCCCUACUCGCUUCUCAAUGUGUAAAACUCCCAGCUAAUAACAAACAACAGGCAGCAUGAAAGAUCUUUUCUCAAUCCAUUAUGUUUUCAUUUGAUCAACUGAGCACAUUUUCUUCCACUGUGGAAAAAUAAAAUGUGUAUGAAAUGUU